AACGGCCGAUACCAUGUCGCCUUACUGGUAUGCUCUGCGCCUGAUCCAGGCUUUUGAGGAUAGAAUUGUCGAAUCUAUUCUCCGCGUGCCAGGCUUCCACCGGGCCGUCGGCCGCAUCCAUCGCGCCAUCAACGAGAAACCGCACGGCCGGAAUCCACACGAGCCGCUGGCACCAGGAGAAGCCACAGCGGAUCCUAACCCGGGGAAUCGAGCCGACGGAUUUCUUCAACAUUUCCUUGGCGAGCUGAAGAAUCAAGCGCGCGGGAGACCUACUGAUAUAUCUACCAAGCCUCCCGCCAAGUGAAUAAACACAAUCGAAAUGCUUCUACGGCACUCCGAUCGCGAUAGGAUCGAAAGAUGUGGCGAACCAGUCAACGAUAUAAAUCCAUAACAGCUACCCUGCGGAUUCUCCGGGGCGAGCAGACAAAGGACCAAAAGACGAGCAUUCGCAUCCUGAGUGCUCUGCACCGAUGACUAGGCGCUCGAAAGGGCAAUCCUGACCCUUAUUCACGAUCCCCAUGAACUGCCGUGCUUUGCGCUGGCCUAUUCACCAUACGCAUACUACCUGCUUCAACGAUGAUAUGGAAAGGAAGGCCUGAGAAAACGAAGCUUGUAGGAUGUGGUGGCAUUGGACCUCACCUUCCGCAUAUGGGAGGCGCACAGCUAUCUGUCACUGAGAUGACAACGGAGGAUAAGGCGUGAAAGACACAGCGUCGAUAUGAAUGCAUUACUUUGAUACCCUGAAUGUAAAACAUGCACUUAAAUUCGGAUCUCAUUUUUUACUCUUGUUAUUUGUCAUCUACACUGUUUUUCUUUGGUAGUGAUUUCCCAGAUGUUGUAAAC